AGAGAAAACAAAAAGUGGCCCUUGGAAAAAGUAAAAACAGACAAGGUUUAAACUUGUGCAUUGGGUGUGAAAACUUCAAACCCCUCUUCCGGAGAGAGAGAGAGAAGAGAGAGAGAGAGAGAGAGGAGAGAGAGAAAGAGGUGUAAAAUUGGACACAACGAGUCAGUUGGGUUUGAGGUUGUUUGUUUCGGUUUAAAAUCAAAACCCCCAUUUUCGAAUUUGGAUCUGCUGCACUCGUUAAUUCUGCGUUUCACCCGCCCCUUCAUGAUCUGAUGGGCUCGUUUUAUUCAUUCAACUAAUACUUUGCCUGCAAUGACUCUAGAGCUUACCCUCUCCGCAAUAUUGAUUAUAACUUGUCACAAAAAGGGGUCGCAGUUUCAUAGACGAAAUAUUAUUUGAAGUGAUAUUUCCAACAUGGUUUUCAGUAAAUUUGCAGAGUUUGUUUCUUCAGCAGCAACUCGGUUUUCCGCCCCAAAGGCUUCUAAUACAUCAUAUAAAUCACCUGGAUUGCCUCCUCUCCCUGGUUCUGUCAAUAAUGGUUACACGUAUUCCAGCCCCGAUAAGAACACUAAUUUAAGACUCUCCUCAUCCCUUCAAGAUUUGUCUGUUUAUAAUAAACUCGAUCCGGAAAACGAUCCUUCAAGUACUGCAUUAUCACCACAGUUGCUACAUCAAGAAAACGGCGGAUCGAGUUUUUCCAAGGAGAGGGUAUCCGUAUCGCCCAUUUUAUCGAAGAGGAAGAAGUGGGUGCGAGUUAUAUCCGUUCUCCUCUGCUUAUUGUUAUUUUCUUGUUUUUGUUUUGGCCUACUCUUUCUCUACUCAAACUGGUCUAAAGGACCGUCUAAGUUCUAUGUCGUGAUCGACUGCGGUAGCACCGGGACCCGCGUUUAUGUAUAUCAGGCAUCGGCCAACCACAAUAAAGAUGACAAUCUUCCUAUUUCGUUAAAGUCAUUACCCGAAAGUUUCCAUAGGAAAUCUGGUUCCCAAAGGGGUCGGGCGUACAACAGAAUGGAGACCGAGCCUGGAUUCGACAAAUUGGUGCAUGAUAUAUCCGGCUUGAAAAAAGCAAUAAAACCUCUUAUUAAAUGGGCAGAGAAGCAAAUUCCUAAAAAAUCGCAUAAGACCACUUCUCUCUUUCUAUACGCUACAGCUGGAGUCCGCAGGCUACCAAGUUCGGAAUCCGAUUGGCUUCUCAAUAACGCAUGGUCAAUUCUAAAGACUUCGUCUUUUCUAUGCAAAAGGGAGUGGGUAAAAACUAUCACAGGUAUGGAGGAAGCUUAUUACGGAUGGAUUGCUCUAAAUUAUCACACGGGGGUAUUAGGGUCAAUUCCAAAAAAGGAAACAUACGGUGCGCUUGACUUGGGUGGUUCGUCGCUGCAGGUUACUUUCGAAGGCAAGCCGGUUAAACACGAGGAAACGAGCUUAAAGCUGAGCAUAGGCCCUGUUAACCAUCAUCUAAAUGCCUAUUCCUUAGCUGGAUACGGACUGAACGACGCGUUCGACAAAUCCGUUGCGCAUCUUCUCAAGAAGCUUCCUCAGAGGAUUACGAACGCCGAUUUGGUCAGAGGGAAAGUCAAAAUCAAGCACCCUUGUUUGCAGUCGGGUUACAAAGAGCAGUACUUGUGCUCGCAGUGCGCAUCCAUCCGACAAAAAGACGGAAGCCCUCCUAUUGAAGUUAAACGAUUAGGUAAAGGAGGAAAGAGUGGAGUUCCUAUUCAGCUUAUCGGGAGUCCGAAAUGGGAGGAGUGUAGCGCACUCGCCAAAGUGGCCGUUAAUUUAUCCGAAUGGUCAGCAGAUCGUAGUCCAGGAAUUAACUGUGAGGUGCAGCCGUGUGCACUUGCGGAUAAUCUGCCUCGACCAGUUGGCCAGUUUUAUGCUAUGUCCGGAUUUUACGUUGUGUACCGUUUUUUCAACUUGACCUCUGAUUCUGCUCUUGACGAUGUAUUGGAAAAGGGCCGUCAGUUUUGUGACAAGAAUUGGGACGUUGCGAGAAAAAGUGUUGGUCCUCAGCCUUUUAUCGAGCAGUACUGUUUUAGAGCACCGUAUGUUGUUCUGCUGUUGAGAGAAGGAUUGCAUAUUACUGAUCGUCACGUGAUUAUUGGGUCUGGGAGCAUUACCUGGACACUUGGCGUUGCUUUGUUCGAAGCCGGAAAAGCGUUUCCAAAUGGGGGGAAAUCGUACGGGUAUCAGAUAUUGAGGGUUAGAAUAAAUCCGUUUAUUCUUUUUGCAAUUUUGUUUGCUUCUUUGUUUCUACUUCUCUGCGCCUGCUCGUUUGUCGGCAAUUAUUGGUGGGUGCCGAAGUUUCUUCGAAGGUCGUAUUUGCCGCUUUUCAGACAUAACAGUGUAACGUCUUCGUCGGUGCUGAAUAAUAUUCCAGCUCCUUUCCGUUUUCAGAGAUGGAGUCCUAUCAAUAUAGGGGAUGGCAGAGUUAAGAUGCCGUUGAGUCCGACAGUUGCGAGCACUCAGCAAAGACCGUUUGAUGCUGGACUUGGUUUCAGUGGUGCAGGCGUUCAGUUCACAGAUUCUUCGUCAUUGUAUUCUUCGUCUAGCAGUGUGGCACAUAGUUAUUCUUCGGGCAGUUUAGGGCAGAUGCAAUUUGACAAUAAUAGCCUUGGUGCGUUUUGGACUCCAAAUAGAAGCCAAAUGCGUCUACAGAGUCGGAGAUCGCAAUCUCGAGAAGACCUAAAUUGUUCAAUCUCCGAGGCACAUUUGUCGAAGGUGUAAAAAAGGCUAUAGUUUUUGCUACAAGAAAUAAAUUAUCUUGGAACAUAAAUGAAGAAAGUAACCCGUGGUUGACUUUUUCCUCAUUCUGGGGCAUCUGACCGAAUGGGAUAAAAACGUAGAAAAAAUUGUGGCUGAAGAAAAAAGAUGAUUUUGUUGUCGGGUGAGGCAUUAGUUAAAAGACGGUUAAAUUUCUCGUCGAAAGCAGGCUAACUAACUUUGCCAGUGAAGCUUGACAAUGUAAAGAGUGAGAUGGAGAAUAGAACAAGGAGGUAGAUAGAGAGAGGUGUUCAUGUACAAAUUGAGGUAAAUGAAGACAAAAAAUAGUACUAGAUUCUUUUUUUCAUUCAUGAAUUUUGGAAACACUCACCCUUUUAGGUCAUUCUCUACUAUAUAAUAUAUAUUCAUCUUAUGAUAUAAUACUUUUAUGUCUUCAUUUCAUUUGUAUAAAGAUUACAUGAUUAAUACAAGCAUUUGUUUUCUCUCUCUUC